UAAUAUUUGCAAAGAGCUUUGAACUUCUUGGGGAAAAGGAAUGGUGUUUUUCUUGGCAACAUAUCAUGUUUGCAGUGGCACACAAAUUACUCCUCCUCUUCCUCCAGCUGCCCACACUGUGCCCUCCCCUAGCUCUUUGCGGGGCCUGGAUUUCCCAGAAGGCAGCCACUCUGCUCUCACUGCCUUCCUCCAGCCACCUCCAGUUCGACAGGAAAGUGGGCUGUAAAUUCAUUCAGAGCCGACUAGACGAUACCUCAGUCCUCUGGCGUGGAGGCCAGGAGGGAUCUGUGACUAAGAUUUGCCAACUAAACUUCUAUGAAAGUUCCAAUAAACACAGGAGUGGGACAUGGUUGCAACAAGGGAAAAAUAGAAGAGGCUGAUCUAGAAAGUGGAAGAUUCUGACUAAGAGAAAAGAAAAGAGAGAGCUGGUGAGAAGCCAAGUUUAAACUGACUGAGCAGUGGAGCUCAAACGUGAUAUUCUAAUGAUGAAGACUGGGCUCGUGCAGCAGAGCAGCAAUGGCAGUUUUGUGGAGUACUGCGCUGGUCCGGCGUAUGCCUCUUACUCCACGCUCACAGGCAGCUUUCCCAUGGAUGAUAACAGAAGGCUGCAAAUGCUGGCAGACACUGUGGCUACUCUGCCUCGGGGAAGAAAGCAGCUUGCUCUGACGAGAUCAAGUUCUUUAGGUGACUUUUCCUGGUCUCAAAGAAAGCUUGUUACUGUGGAAAAGCAGGAUAAUGGAACAUUUGGAUUUGAAAUUCAGACUUACAGGCUCCAGAACCAGAACACCUGCUCCUCAGAGAUGUGCACUCUGAUCUGCAAAAUCCAGGAGGAUAGCCCAGCGCACUGUGCUGGCCUGCAAACUGGUGAUGUCCUUGCAAACAUCAAUGGUGUGAGCACAGAAGGCUUUACUCACAAACAAGUUGUUGACCUGAUCAGAUCGUCAGGAAACCUGUUAACGAUAGAGACUCUUAAUGGAACAAUGAUUCUCAAAAGAACAGAGCUUGAGGCAAAGCUGCAAGUUUUAAAGCAAACCUUGAAGCAAAAAUGGGUGGAGUUCAGAUCUCUGCAUUUACAGGAACAGCGCCUGCUUCAUGGUGAUGCAGCCAACUGCCCAAGUUUGGAAAACAUGGACAUAGAUGAAUCAACUUUGUUUGGAACCCUGCCUGGUCCAGCCCUCCUGGACCGAAAUCGAUUAUCCAGCGAGAGCAGCUGUAAGAGCUGGCUGAGUUCCAUGACGAUAGACAGUGAGGACGGCUACCAGACAUGUGUGUCUGAAGACUCGAGCAGAGAAGCAUUCAGCCGGCAGACAAGCACAGAUGAUGAGUGUUUUGUCCCCAAGGAUGGGGACGAUUUUAUGAAGAGGUCUUCUUCAAGGAGGAACCGGAGCAUUAGUUCUGUCAGCAGUGGGUCUAUGUCUCCCUUGUGGGAAGGCAACUUCUCAAGCAUGUUUGGGACCCUGCCCAGGAAAAGCAGAAGGGGAAGUGUCCGGAAACAACUCUUGAAAUUCAUCCCUGGCCUUCACCGAGCUGUGGAAGAGGAAGAGAGUCGCUUUUAAUAUGUUGUCGUGCCCUUUCCUAUUAGCUUAUUUCGUAAAUAUCGUUUAAAUCCGCUCCACCCAGCUUGGUGGGAAAGUGCAGAUGGAUUGCAAAACUGACAUCCCAUUUCAUGGCAACAGUGACUUUUAUUUAAAUUUUUGUAUCAUUAUUUUUGCUUCUUAAAUCAUUUUUUUAACCAGAACAGCUCAAGUUCUAAGUAGGAAGUAGGGAAAUUAAGUAAUAAGUCAGAAAAUAUAAUAAAUUAAUAUAAGUGCUUGCUCAUUUCAGUGCUGCCUGUGAAGGCAAGAGUAGUAUUUAUUUUCUAUAUUUUUCAUGUGAAAAGUUGAGAACUUUUUGGAGUCGAGUGUGAAUAAGAAAGUGACAAAAUAUAAUUAUUUGGAAUACCUUCUGUAGGUUAAUUGGUAGGUUAUAAAACUUUGCUUAAGCUCAGUUGCCUUUGGGAAGGCUUAAUAAUAGGUAAUUUUGAAUGUUUCUGUUCAACUCUAUGAAAGAUUAUAAACAAAGGUGAUCAUCAGCCAUUUUUACAUUCACAGUGACAAUAAAGCAGGAAAUAGAAGAUUUCAUAUGGAGGUUUAAAUUUUAUGAGAUCCAUGGAAAGAUGUUAUCUAAGAUGGGUGCUGAGGAAGAUUAUAAUGUCUUUUUCAUAGGCAGCCUAAACAAAAUGAGUGGGAGUGUCAUUCUUACCUGAUUCAGCUUUUCUUCUGCCUAAAUGCUAAUGACAAAUCUGGAACUCUCAAGAUCCUACAGCUUUGUAAUUUUUCUUUCAAACAAAUGUCUAAAAUUUGAAAAAUUAGAGUCAGGAAAUGGAUUUUUCCCCGGCAGAUUUUUUUCACAUUACUCCUCACUUCAUAUUAUAUAUUCCAAAUAGUUAUUGCCCCAUCAUGCUUUUGUCUAUUAGUUAUGUUAGUGUCACAUUACUUUUCUUUUAAUCACGUUUUUACUCAGUACCUAUUAAAGUCCACGAUUUCUCUGUUCUGGUGAUACAGCUGCUCAUUGCCUAUAUUCUAGAGUAGAUAACAUGGACAAUGCAAUUAAUAGUCCUCACUGAUUUUAAACUCUGUGUGUGCGUGUGCGUGUGCCUGUGUCAAAUAGAGACAUCUGAUAGUUGACUUUCAGUACAGCUGCUACACCUAAACUAAGCAAAGAGUGAGUCAUUUUGAGGGGGAAAAAAAAAGGUGAGGGUAAGAAAGCUUGUAGGGUAAGUAAUAAGUAAUAAAAUUAAAUACAAAGAGAUUUCUAAUUGGGA